AUGGUCCGCAUCGCUUCCGCCGUCAUCGCCAUUCUGGCCGCGACCGUCGGCGCCGUCGGCGCGAACGACAAGCACAUUGUGGCGCGCAACGCCGACGACAGCGUCACCAUCAGCCAGGAAGGCGGUGUCCACGUGUGCAGCCGCAACGCGGGCUGGUGCGAGGACAUCCAGGUCGUGUGCCCCGUGCCCUCCAAGAGGGACUGCGCCGCCGUCCUGGGCGCGCACGACAUCGAGACCGACAACUUCAUUGCCAUUCCCGCCCGCUGCUACGGCGGCCAGUGCCACCACCCUUAG